UAGUAAACGCCGCCGCGGCGCCACUGCCUGAGCCAAAAGCACCCCGAAGCGGCGAAGCCUGAAUCCUCAUCCCCUCUCAAAAAAACUCGCCUCAAAACGCCCGCCAAAAAUGGCGGGCCUCGACGGCGGAGGCUGGGGCGGCUACGACGACGACGACGACGAUUGGGGCCUCAGCGCGGAACAGCUGGACCAGAUUGAGCGGGACGCCAUCCGCCAGCUCGCCGAGCGGAAGGCCUCCUCCUCAGCGGCCUCCACAGCUCCCGUCACUGCCCCGGCUCUCGGGGCCGUCUCGCCGCUCCCCUCCCGCGCCACCGCGCCGGCGGCGGCCGCCUCGUCGCCGCUCGGGGGUAACCACCCCGCUGCCAGGGCCUCUUUGGAGGCCCGCUUCGUCAAGGUAGAAGCGGUUUCUCCUUCGCGGUCAUGUGACUCAAACACAUCGAGAAAUGCAGUGAAUAAUAGUCAGGGAAGUUCACCUAAGAUAUCUGUAAAUCUUUUCCUCCAUUCUAGCGGUGUGAUUGCAGCAAAGUUCCCAUACAAUCAGUUACUUGUGGAUGCAUUUCGCAAUAUCCCGAAAGCCAGCUGGAAUGCGAAAGAAAGGGUAUGGAUGUUCCCUCCCUCAUCUUUAUCAACAGCAGAGGAGGUUCUUUGUUCCCUACCAGGAUUAGCUGUGGAGCAGGUUCACAAAUUGGAUCCGCUAGUUCAGCGUGCUUUACUUGCGGCUUCAAGCACCAAAGAUCUUCGAGAUUUGUAUGACAGGAUUCCCGCUGAUGUUGAGUCGAAGCUUAUGCCAUUUCAGCGAGAAGGCAUCAGGUUUGUUUUACAGCAUGGUGGCAGAGCCCUAAUUGCGGAUGAAAUGGGUCUUGGAAAGACAUUACAGGCAAUUGCUGUUGCUUCUUGCCUUCAUGAUUUCUGGCCAGUUCUUGUGAUCUCUCCAUCUUCCUUGCGGUUACAUUGGGCAUCUACGAUUCAGAAUUGGCUCAACAUCCCCAUGGAAGAUAUAUUGGUGGUACUGCCACAAACUGGAGGAUCACAUAAGGCAGGAUUCAGACUAGUUUACUCAAACACUAAAGGAGAUAUUUGUUUGGAUGGGGUAUUCAAUGUGAUAUCUUAUGAUGUAGUUCCCAAGAUACAAAGCACACUUCUGGAUUCGGAUUUCAAGAUUGUUAUAGCUGAUGAAUCACAUUUUAUGAAGAAUGGCCAAGCGAAGAGAACGAUUGCCUCACUUCCUGUUCUGCAGAAAGCUAAAUACGCUGUUUUGCUUAGUGGAACUCCUGCUUUAUCUCGCCCAAUUGAGCUGUUUCCUCAGCUCCAGGCGUUGUAUCCUACUGUGUACAAGAAUGUUAAUGAGUAUGGCAAUAGAUAUUGCAAGGGUGGCUUUUUUGGGAUGUUUCAAGGUGCUAGCAAUCAUGAGGAGCUGCAUAAUUUGAUGAAAGCAACUAUCAUGAUCCGUAGGUUGAAGAAAGAUGUCCUUUCGCAGUUGCCUGUUAAACGUAGACAACAGGUCUUUCUAGAUUUAAGUGAGAAAGAUGUGAAACAUGUCCGUCCUAUAUUUCAAGAGUUGGAGACACUGAAGAUCAAAAUCGAGUCUGCUGACUCCAAGGAGAUGAUUGACUCUCUCAAAUUUACACAAAAGAAUCUUAUCACUAAGCUCUACACCGAUUCAGCAGUAGCCAAAACUCCAGCUGUGUUGGAUUUCCUGGGCACUAUAAUUGAGGCAGAUUGCAAGUUCUUAAUAUUUGCUCAUCACCAACCCUUGAUUGAUGCCAUUGAACAAUAUCUCGUGAAAAAGAAAGUAAAGUGUAUCAGAAUUGAUGGCCAGACACCUGUGACUACAAGGCAAACGUUAGUCGCAGAUUUCCAAAACAAGGAUGACAUCAAGGCAGCAGUGUUGUCCAUCAAAUCUGGAGGCUACGGGUUAACUUUGACAGCAGCGAGUACAGUAAUCUUUGCUGAGUUAUCAUGGACUCCUGGCGACAUUAUUCAAGCUGAAGAUCGUGCCCACCGGAUCGGCCAGGUUUCAUCAGUAAAUGUAUAUUACCUUCUCUCGCAUGGCACGAUCGAUGACCUUAUCUGGGGCGCUGUUCAAGGCAAACUUGAGAAUCUGGGGCAGAUGCUGGACGGGCAGGAGAAGACACUGGACAUCUCCCAGAUCGACAGCAGACCAAGCCCCUCCAAGCAGCAGAAGACGCUCGACGGCUUCCUGAAGCGACGCAGCAACUCCACUGAGGGCCAGCCCAGCACUAAGCACCCUCGGUUCUGACUUCUGACUUAAGAGUGACAGCGGCUGAUCAAGGUGUCGUUGUGAAGUACCAAGAUCCCAGCCAACCUCAUGGCAUUGUUUGUAGGUUUUGUCUGGACUUCGACCAGAUCGACGCUUGCUCCAGCUGGAUCGGUCCACGGUGGUAGCGUUGUUUUUUUUGGCUCAUGGUUGGUUGUAAAAUCCUUACUAAUUCAGAUUUGUAAUGGGAGAUCAUAUCCCUGACCCACCUGUCAGUUAUGCUGCACGGUCUCUGGAUUUUACGGUCCGGAUUCAAUCGUAGGAAGUCUCGAAGUUUUAACUGACAA